AUGUCACAUAAGGUCAAGCUUGACCGCAGAAGCAUCAAGAAGCGGAUACUCCAGCUCGACUGUGCCGGCAACGCUGCCUCCUCACGCCGGCUGGCUGCCAGCAGCCGUCGCGGCCCGUGGCGUGCACCAGAGAGGGAGAGAGGUCGAGUCCGCGUGGCUCAGGCCGGCCAGAAGGUGUGUGGCGACGGCACCGUGGCAGGAGUGCGGAGAAGAGCUCGCCGAACGCGAGCAGCGGAAGGCCGAAGUGUGCCAGCGCGAGAGCCUCGCGAACGGGUGCAGAAAAAGCUCGCCGUGACACGAUGCCGGGCGGUGGUGGUGCUCUGGCGGCUGUGCACAGUGGGAAACGUCAGGCUGCAACAGGGCAGCACGAUGGUCGUGCCCCGCUGCAGCCUGGCCUGA